GAACGGGCGUUGAUGGCGAACUAGCGCAGCGGCGGCAAAAUAGGUUGAUGGUUACUGAGCAUAAAGCCGAUAGAUAAUUGCAUAAUUUUCAGUAAAAUUUAAUGAAAUUCGCCGUGUUGUGUGGUUAUCUUAAAGAAUAAUCAAUUUCUAUCCUAAAUGAGACCUUCGUGAUGUGUGAAUAGCUAUAAUUCCUCACCAUUUUACAGGUCCCUUGCCAUAUUUUGCAGCCAGGGUUUCUGUUCUGCUGUUAAGCUACUUUUAGCGGUAAAUAUUGAUGGCAAGUCCGACAAUGGCAACUCUGGAUGUUACCCAGGAGGCUGCUGUGAAGCCUUCAGUUCUGAAUCUGGCCGAUGAGUCUUCAAUGAUUGACGAAGUCAACAAUUCACAAUAUAUUGCCACGCCAUCCGUGGCCAGCGUCUCCUGGGAUGACCUUGACCCGACCGACACACGUGACCUGCAGAUCAAGGUCGAUGACCCACAGAAGCAUGUCACCAGCAUGGAGACCUACAUUACAUUCCGCAUAUCAACUAAGACAUCGCGCGCCGAGUUUGACGACAGCGAGUACUCUGUCCGGCGCCGGUACAACGAGUUUCUGUGGCUGAGAGCGCGCCUCACCGAGGCAUACCCUACUCACAUUGUCCCGCCUCUACCGGAGAAGCACAGCCUGCUGGGUCAGCUGGACCGCUACCAGCGCGACUUCAUCCGGUCCCGGAUGGCGCUGCUGCACCGCUUCAUGAACCGCGUGGCCGACCACCCCGUGCUCAGCUGCAACGACAGCUUCAAGCUGUUCCUCGUCUCCAAACCGUCGGAGUUUGCCGUGCACCGCAGUCGGGGUCGCAGUGUGCUGAACCGCGUCUCCGAGUCGCUGCACGGCCUCACCACUGCCGGCGUCCAGAGCCGCUCACCGGAGAUCCAGCGCGUGCUCGACUACGCCGAGAAGCUGAGCGACAAGCUGACUGCCCUGGAGAAGGCCAGCAGCCGCAUCCAUAAGGACAAGACAGUGAUGAUCGGUGAGAUGCAGCGGCUGCAUCCGACACUGACGCUGAUGUCGGCCUCGGAGCCGGAGCUGGGGCCGCUGCUGCGCGCCGCCGCCGGCGCCGUAUCGCGCUGCGCGGCCGCCGAGCAGGCCGUGACGGACGCGCAGCCGGCGCAGCUCGAGCAGCCGCUGCGCGAGUACGUGCUGUACGCAGAGGCGAUCCGGGAGGCGCUCGGACGCCGGGACGCCGUACAGGCGCAGUUCGAGGCCACGGCGGCGGAAAUACAGCGGAAGGAGGCCGAGCGGGCGCAGGUGAACGCCGGUCACGCCCCAUCCGGCCUGAGCUGGGUGUUCAGUCGCGCCACCCCCGAGGCCCUCAAAGCCGAGGAGGAGAAACUCGGCAAACAGCUCCACCAGCUCAAGGUCGAUCUGGAGUCUCUGAACGACCGUCUGGAGUGCGCCAACUCGAACCUGCUCGCCGACAUGGAGCGCUGGGAGAAGCUCAAGGUUCGCGACAUCUCUCAGUUGCUCGGCGCCAUGGGCGACAGCCAGAUCAACUUCUACGAGGAGUGCCUGGCCUCGUGGGAGUCAGCCCUGGCUGUGUCCGAGAUGACACUGGACCCCUCGCGGGACCGUCCGUCAGCCAACUGACGCGCCGGACGAGCACACGCCCUACAGGCACCUCCCGGCAGCUAGCUGCGCCGCCACCGACAUUCCACGCUCACUGCACGGCGGCUGGAGACGGACCGCUGAGGAGAGGAGCGCCACCGCUGGCGGGUGGCCGGCCCGGAGAUGGAGGAGGGUGAGGUGUUGAUGUCAACAGGGUUAUGGCGUGUCCAGCUCCACUCGCCAAGCGUCCUGGAGCUGGAUGGGCGAGAGGGAGCGUUCUAGCGACGGGCGCUUGGAGAUGGUGUCCAGCGCCAAAGAUUGGUAUGGGCGGUACGCGGCUUGGCUUCUAUGUGUGUUGGUUGGUGCGAUACGCGAUGUUGUACUGGAGAUGGCAUCGGAUGUCGACUUGGUGUGGCAAUGGUUUUUUGGCGUCUGAGAAAAGCUAUUUGUGGGCUUAUGAGAACAGAUAUCCGCAUGUGUACAGGAUCUGGGAUAGUUGAUAUCCGCUUGUGGCCAAGAUCUGAAGGCCUUGCCGGUGGGGAGGCCACAGAAUGUGAUGGCAGAGGUUGUGUCAUAGGCAGUGUUUUCCUGCUCUCUGAGUAUUGUUUUGUUUUUGAAGCUUAUACCGAUUGUAACCGACAACUGUAUAUGUCCGAUAUAUAUGUUGGCGUCUGUGAGACGCGUUGGCGAUCCGCGACCGACCAAAGUCCGCUGCUGCUUUUCACAACACCCAAUCUGAACGUGUUUAUUAUGUUGCUUCUGUCGUGUAGCAUGUCCAAAGUAUAUUUGUGCUUGCAUGCUAUGAUCUCUUACCCUACACUGUUAAAUAAAGUUAUUCGUCUACAAUUG